AUGUUGGUUCCUAACAACACUACUGAUGAUCAGCCUGCCUUCAUCUUUAUUGGAAUCCCUGGACUAGAAACAUUGCACAUCUGGAUCUCCAUUCCUUUCUGUCUUCUAUACUUCAUGGCCCUCAUAGGAAACUCUAUUCUCCUUGUCCUUGUUAGGACUGAGCAAAGCCUCCGUGAGCCUCAGUUCUACUUCCUAGCCAUGCUGGCCCUCACUGACCUGGGCCUAUCCCUGUCAACAUUACCAACUGUCCUGGGCACCUUCUGGAUUGGUGCUCAUCAGACUGGCCUGGAUGCCUGCCUGGCUCAGAUGUUUUUUAUUCACACACUCUCCUCUGUGGAGUCAGGAAUCCUUGUGGCCAUGGCCUUUGACCGGCUGGUAGCGAUCUGCUCCCCUCUGAGGUAUUCUCGCAUCCUAACUCACCGUGCUAUUUUCUGCCUUGGUGGAGCCGCCUUCAUACGUGGUGCUGCACUGCUGGCUCCAUUACUCUUCCUCAGCAGUUUUUCCUUUUGCAGAGACAACAUUCUUUCCCACUCUUAUUGCUACUACCCAGACCUGCUGACCCUGGCCUGUGGGGACAUUACAUUCAGCAGUGCCUAUGGGCUGGUCUUUGUGCUUUCCACAUUUGCAGUGGAUGCACUCUUCAUCAUAGCCUCUUACCUAAAAAUCUUGACCACCAUCCUGAGGCUGGAAGCUAGUGACCGGGGUCUGAGAUCUAUGCAGACUUGUGCUUGCCACCUAUGCACGGUGCUUAUUUUUUACCUCCCUCUUAUAAGCCUUGCUGUGAUGCAUCGCUAUGUCCACGGAACACCCCCACUCCUCUAUGCUAUCAUGAGCAAUAUCUACCUUCUCCUCACACCACUUCUUAAUCCUCUGGUUUACAGUCUUAAGUCCCGGCAGAUCCAGACUGCUCUACAGAGACGACUCUGGGUUCAGAGAGUCACAGCUGGAGAAUGA